AUGGCGCCAGGAACUCGACGCGCGAAUCGUAGCGGAUACACCGAACACGAUGACUUUGAAGGUCUCCCCGUGCGCCAAUGGCGCCAGGAAUGGGUGAGCGUCGAGCCCCCAACGCCCGUCGAGACGACGCAGAAGAACGACAUCUGGGACGUCGAGCUACCCUGGGGCAUGCCUAAGGACGCGGGUCUCCUGCCCCAGCACAGCCAAGACCUCCUCCGCGCCGCGCGAUCGGGUGUCCUUUACAAGAGGCCCGCGCCGACCGAGGAGGAAGAGGCCGACGCCGACGCCGUGCCCGACAAGCCGGAGAAGAAGGAGGACGAGGCGGAGACCAAGGGCUUCCAGAUCAAGGUGUGGAAGCAGACUAACCGUAACUCGGAGGGGUCCCCCGUCUCGCACCUGGCCAAGCGCAGGAAGGGUACCGUGACCAUCUCGUCCAAGACGGUCUCGAGCCACGUUCCCGGCGCGACGGUCACAAAAGCUACUGUGCGAAGAGUCGAUGCCGCAGGAAACCCGUAUACGCAGGAGAUUACGCUGCAGGAGGGCCAGGCAGUCGAGGGCGAGAUCAUCUCGACGACUGUUGUGGCCGUCGCGGCUGUUGAUCCCGCGCAACAAGCUCCACAGCGCGUCCGGCGACCACCGCCACCCAAGAAGAAGAACAAGCCUGGUCCAGGCCGCGGCCGCAAGAAGAAGGUCCUGCCUUUGCCUGCGCCGACGGCGCCUGGCGCACCGGUUGCUGCGCCUCCAGUAGAAGGCGCCCCUGUAGCUCCCAAAGUCGAGGGAGCGGAUGGAGCAGACCCUGCUGUCAAGCAAGAGCGGGAGGACUCGAACAACCCUGACAGCGAGAUGGCUGACAACGAUGAUGAUGAGGGCGACGACGAUGAUGGUGAUGAUGGCGACGACGGUGACGAGGAGCAGCGCGAUGGCGAGAACACGGAUAGCCAAGACCAGGAAAUGACCGACGCAUCUCCAUCUGUGCCUACACCGACUGUCGACACAACGGCGGAACUGACCGACCCCGAAUCACCCGUACCAAAGCGCGCUGCGCCGAUGGCAAAUCCCAUCAAUCUCGCCCCUCCCAACAUGCACCUAGCAAACUCCUCUCCCAAGGGCAGCCCUCUCAAGAAUGUUGUCUUGCCAUCCCCCACGGAGCCACCAGCCCAGUUUUCAUCCAUUUCAGAAGCAUUGGUGCCUCCAGCGGAGCCAAAGGGCGAGCCCUCGGAGGCUGACAUGCCCAUGGCUGAUGGGCCUGAGCCCGCAAAGGAGCCCUCCCCGCAGGCUCCUAUUGAAUCACUGGAUUCGCUUGUGCCUGACCAGCUACCUCCUGCCGACACUUCAGCGGAGCUUCAGGAUGCAUCGACAGCACUCCCGCCUGCCGAAAAGGUGGGCGACAUCGUCUCGCCCAUGGCAGAGACAAGAUCAACCUUUUCGCUGGCGACGACUGCCGAGACCGAUGCUUCGGGUACUAGGUUAGAAAGCGGCGAUCAAACUGUGGCGUCUAAUGACGCUGCACAAGACUCGAUGAUGCUUGACGCUCCCGAGGAACGUCAGCCAUCUCCGGUCCCCGAGGCUCCCAAGGCUCCCGAGAUUCCGGGGCUUUCUGAGGCUCUUGCAACCUCGGAGGUACCGCUGCCUCCUGUCGAGGCGCCAGCGCCUCUUGAUGUGGAGGACAUCUCAGUAAAGAAGGACGAAAGUCCUCUGGCUCCGCCACCAAGCACGGUAGAACCUGUCGCUUCCAUUCCUGAGGCCGAGCCCGCGGCACCUGUGGUUGAGGAGAUGCCACUCGCGCCCUCUAUGCCUGAACAACCCACAGAAGCCGUCGCAUCACCGGCUAAGUCUCCAGUCAAAUCGCCAUUGAAGUCGCCAGCGAUUCCGGCAGCGGAGUCACCGGUCAAAUCACCCGCUCCUCUGCUGGAACCUCCAGCUCCUAUGGAGCCCCCUAUCGUGGAACCUGCCGACAUCCCACCCGAGAUCCCGGUCGAUGUACCCGUCGAAGCACCUGCUGAGGAGCCAGCAGCCUUGCCGCCUUCAGGACCCCUUGAGCCUCCAAUCGAGUCCCCCGUAGCACCUCUGGUCGAGUUUCCGGUCGAGAUUCCAGUUGAGGCCCCAGAGGACGUUGCAAUGGAGGAGGCACCGGCAGAAAUUCCCGUAGAGAAACCCCUCGAAGCACCAGUCGAAAUCCCAGCCGUCGAGAUCCCCACCGCCGAACCGGAGUCGAUCCCACCAGCGCCUGCUGAAGUUCCCAUGAUGCCAGAAGAUGACGGCCCGGAUCUGCUCGCCGGUUUGGAGACGGAGCUGGAUCGACAAGCCGAGAUCAGCAAAUCUCCACUCCCCGAACCGCCUGCGGCCCCGCAUCCGGAGCCAGCGGAGCUCCCCGAGAUUGCGAAUCCGGUGCCGUUGCCCGAGGUCCCGCCCAUUGAGCCUGAGAAGCCCGCGGACGAGCCGACACAGGUGGCAUCCGAGAGUGCUCUGGUCCCCGAGGUUUCGGAGAUUCAGGAGACAGAAACGGUUCCUGCUGCGCCUGCUGUGGCAGCGGAACCGGCACCGGCCGAGGAAGCUGCUGCGCCCACGGAGACGGCACCUGAGGAGACGGCACCUGUAGAGGAGGAGCUGGAGAAGAAGGCGGAGGAGAGCUCGACUGAUGCCGUUGUACCCGCAGCUGAUGCUUAG